AUGGGAAUUCUUGAUGGAACGCGUCGUUUAGAAGAGCAUCUUACCAACCCGGAUAAUCACUCAACUGACUCGUAUAUUGCUCAGUCGAAAACUGAAUGUGACAUUUAUCUAAUAUACAAAAAAUUGAAAGAAACUGGUAAUAUCGACGAAAUAAAACUAGAACGAGAGAAACACGUCGAAUUUUUAGGACGCGGGCUUAUAAAACUCAGUAAAGGUUUCGUCUCAUUGGACGCGAGUAAACCUUGGAUUGCUUAUUGGAUCCUUCAUUCGCUUGAUUUACUUGGGGCUCCUAUAACCGAAGAUUUGAUUGACAGAGGGAUUUCGACUCUCUCUAAAUAUCAGAAUCCAACUGGUGGAUUCGGUGGCGGGUCAGGUCAAAUUUCUCAUGUGGCAGUCACUUAUGCCGCUGUAAACGCUUUAGCUGUUCUCGGAACCCAAGAAGCUUAUGAUAUAAUUGAUAGGGAAAAUCUUUAUAAAUGGCUGUUAAAGAUAAAACAGCCAGACGGAUCAUUUAUUAUGAGCGAAGGUGGAGAAGUAGAUGUGCGAGGUGCAUAUUGUGCAUUAUCUGUCGCUGUUCUGACAAAUAUUCUGACACCUGAAUUAACUGCUGGAACUGCCGAAUGGAUAAAAAAAUGCCAAACUUUUGAUGGUGGAAUUGGAGGAGUUCCAGGAAUCGAGGCACAUGGAGGAUACGCAUUCUGUGCUCUAGCUGCAAUGGAAAUCAUGAAAAAAACUAAUUUACUUGAUAUUCCACGAUUAUUGAAAUGGGCAGUAUCACUACAAAUGUCGCUCGAAGGUGGAUUUCAAGGGCGACCCAACAAAUUGGUGGACGGUUGCUACUCUUUUUGGGUCGGUGGAUUGUUUCCCUUGCUUGAAGACAUAUUGACAAGGAAACAAUAUGAAAGAAGGAAUAUAGCGGGCGAGGAAGAGCUUGCUAAAUUUAUUGCUCAACCUUUAUUUGAUCGAGAGUCACUCCAAGAAUACAUUUUAGUAUCAUGCCAAUCGCCCAGCGGUGGACUAAUGGACAAACCAUAUUUGCAUCCCGACUUCUAUCAUACAUGUUACUGUCUAACUUUAGAAGAGUCGUUAAUGUGGGUUGAAGAAGUUUUGGGAGAAAAUGUUGUCGGAUUGGCAGAAAAUCUUUUGCGACCUACUCACCCUAUACAUAAUAUUUCCUUAAAUAAAGCUCGUAGCAUCAUCAAAUAUUUCAAAGAAAAGGAGUUGUAA